UUCUGCUACGCUGACGCAUGCGCUUAAACAGCUAGACUGUUCCCUAAGUGUUUGAAACUACCCGGAGGAGCUCCACGUUGGGAUCAAGUAAUGCGACACAGGGAAAUUCUCACUAUUAAACGGACAACGACAUAAAUGUUUCAAACGGGUUUUCCUGUUUAAUGCGUUUACUGGUUUGGUCAUUUUACGAAUCACAUUUUUCGCUUUAAGUUCUGUUGGAUGCUUCUAGGGUGGUCUAGUGUUGCGUGCUUUAGGAUAAUCUAUCGGACAUUACGAAUGCGUUUUUAUUGCGUUUUUUAUCGAUUAAUGGACUUGUUCCAUGCAUCUAAAGUGAAUAGUCGGAGUUAAAAUGCUAAAUACCGCAAACUGGGACCCACUACACGUUACCAACUAUGUAGUAGAAUAUUUGGACUUGGUCGAAUCAUUGCCGUUCGACCUACAAAGAAAUGUGUCCCUUAUGAGAGAAAUCGACUCUAAAUAUCAAGAAAUCCUUAAAGAGCUAGAUGAAGCUUACCAGAAGCACAGACGGGAAGAGGACCCUAUCCAGCGUCGUCGUCUACUACAUUGCAUCCAGCGAGCCUUGAUCCGAAGCCAGGAGCUGGGCGAUGAGAAGAUCCAGUUGGCCACCCAGAUGGUAGAGCUGGUGGAAAACCGCAGCCGGCAAGUGGACAGUUUCACCGAGAUCCCGGAGGCCUGUCAUGGGCCUCACGAGGGUGUGCCGUCUGCCGCCUCGACGGCCGCCACUAUCCCUGGCAAAAGACGGGACGAGGAGAAGCGGAGGGAAGAGGUCCUGGGCUCGGUCGACAGACAUACAGCGGGCAACAAGCGCUCAAGGCGACAGAAGGCCAGCAGCAACGACAACAGAGAAAACGCCUCUGUUGGCCAUCAUGACGAAGUGGGAGGCAGCACAGCCCGGGAAAAGAGGGCCAAGGCCUCGAAGAAGAAGAAGAGGUCUAAAGCCAAACAAGAAAGGGAAGCCUCACCAGCAGACCUGCCCAUUGACCCCAAUGAGCCUACCUACUGUCUCUGUGAGCAGGUGUCUUAUGGCGAGAUGAUUGGCUGCGACAAUGAUGAAUGUCCCAUCGAGUGGUUCCAUUUCUCCUGUGUUGGGCUUAAUCACAAGCCUAAAGGAAAGUGGUAUUGCCCAAAAUGCCGGGGGGACACAGAGAAAACAAUGGACAAAGCCUUGGAAAAGUCCAAAAAGGAGAGGGCAUAUAACAGGUAGCUGUGUACCUGUUGAACUGCACAGAAAUGUCAAUAUUUUUUAUUUAUUUGAUAUAUUUAACACAACUCCUUUUAUUGUGUAGUAUGUGUCAAUUUGUCACCUCACUAUGAAGUUUCGUGAGUUUUUCACCUAGAAAGUAGCACUAAAAGCCUUAAACUCAGCCUUUUGAGUUGAUGGCUCCAAGACAUGGCAGUGUUGUCCUCAAAGUAUUUCAUCCACACUUGGAUGUCACACAUAUGAGUUUGUCUGUCUGUUGUCAUGUGAGCAGUAUGGUUGUCAGAAGUAUUGAUUUGUGAAGGCACUCACAGCAAGUGAAGAUCAUGUGUUUGAUUACAGAUCUCAUCAUUGCUAAUAAAACAAAGAUACAUUCUCA